AUGUCCAGUCUCCAGCGCGAUGCUGCUGCAUUCAAGAAUACACUACAGUCUGUGAACACCAAGACAUGGCAUUCGUCACAGGCGUCGUCUUCCCAAGCACCACUCCCACCUCCAUCCACACCAGCGCCAGAGGCCCCUUCGCAGGAGCACAAUGGCAAGAAGAAGAAACGGCCGAAGACAAAUAUCGUCUACUCUCAGCCCGCCGACACUGGGACGGGUACCGAUGUGAACACGCAGCUAUUGUAUGCCGUUAAUCAUCUCAAAUCGUCUGCUGGGCCUAUGCGACUGCAAGAUAUUGCUAUCAUAACCGGCACCCCGCUCGACACCGACGCAGUUCUCCUCGAGAAGUUCAAAGCCCAUGACCGGGUGGAACACGAUCCAAAGACAAACCUGUACUCUUUCCGACACGACUUCAGCUUCCGCAACAAAGCUGCCCUUCUCACCGAGAUUCAGCGUGCCACUCGUCGUGGCGGGGGUCUCUCUGUCCGGACGCUCAAAGAGUCAUGGAAGGAGGCUCCAGCAGCAAUCGAGGAACUCGAAAAGGAUAACGAGGUUUACGUGACUCGGACUCUUAAAGAUGGACAGAUGAGGAUGGUAUUCUGGAACGAGGUGAAGCCGGACAGGGUUGAUUUGGAGGCAGUAGGCGAAGGUGGCCAGAAGGGUUUCUUGGUUGAGACAGAGUUCAACGACCUGUGGCACAAACUCAAGGUCCCAAACGACGUAGAUCUCCUGAAGGAGCUUGCAAGCGAGGGUCUCCAAGCCACCGCCGCCGAACAAGUCGUUCCAAAAGCGCCUGCGAAGAAAAAGGGCAAGAAGUCUGGGGCACGCAACCGUCCUGCGAAGCUCACGAACACUCAUCUGCGGGACAUGGGUAUCGACUUGAGCAAGGAUUAUGUCGCACCGGGAAAGUAGAGCCCCGGUCGUGCUCAUCCUGGUCGACUGUCUGGUGGGAGCGUCAUCCGUGGACCUCGGUCACUGGUUCUGAGAUGUCGAAGAUCUGGCUCGAAUGGAGCCAGUACUAGUGUUGAAUGCUUGACACGGCCGUCCCGGUGGGCACUAUGGACUAACAUACUGUUUAAUCAUGUUGUGCUUCCUUUACUUGUAUUUUUCCAGUAGCAGUCGUUUUGUACUCUAAUCAUGUUCCUUCCUGUGGUCUAAACAACCGCCUCUUCUCUUUGAAUCUGUAUACAAACAUCU